GAUGGCGCGAUCUUGCGGUAUAGAGCAGCGAUACUUUUUUAGUACCUGAGUGACAGAGGUGACACUCCGUAGAGCAAUGCGGAAAUUGAUCUAGUCUACUUUGAGAAAAAACGAAAGAGAGGGUGUAAAAAAUAAGUACCCCGGUAUGGUAAUGAUGUGGAUAUAGUGCUAGCCUUUAUGGAUGUAGAUGAAAUAGAUAAACACAGCAAAGGACCACGCCUGAAAAGUCGAGUCCGGAGAAGCGAGGAAGUGGCCUGAGGAAAAGAAAUAAAAUGGCAGAGGAGGAUAUAACAGUGCACAACUCCCCCUCACCCUCAUUUGUCAUGCAAAAUCCCAAAUCCAGCCGCGACCUUGUGGCACUGUUUGCAUGACAGAUUCUGGGAGCGGAGCCCAAUAAACAGUACUACACUAGGGACAUGAAUUUGUCAUCCAGAGGCCCCACGCGUGAUGGUGUUUGUGUUGCCGUUCAUGCCAUACAAAUGAGGGGGAGGGGGAUUUGUGCACUCUCAUAGAGGAGGAGGCGCCACCGGAGCCAGAGAUCUUCAACAAAUGCUUCGAGACGUCUAUGCAAUGCAAAUGUGUCUGGGUCUGCACGUAUGCAACUUGUCAUGCUAAAUCCGAAUCAUGCGAAAGUCUGUGUUGCUUGCAUGAGUCCCAAAAGCUGACCACUUUCGACCGAGUUGGAAGGGAGUUUCUCAUGCAGGAUAGGCAUGGCAGAGAGAGAGAGAGAUCUCACAGAGUCUGUCAUGCUAGGUCCCGCAUUCCAGAUCUCAUGGGUCACGGAAAAACUGCAUGACAAGUUUACACUCGUCCAGACCCAGACAUUUUUGCACUUGAUAGCGUCGAGUGGACAACUAUUCUACGGCGAAGUCAAGGCGAAGGAAGACCCCGAAGCGACGUAUCAAAUGUAAAAAUGUCUGGGUCUGGAAGGUUGAAACUUGUGAUGCGCAUUUCAGAACACAGAAAAGUCUCUCAUGCAUAGGCAGCAAAAGUUGCCCAUUUUCUGUCACCAAAGUCAGGGAUUAAUGCGGAUUCGGCAUUGCGAACGCUUCUCGAAACCUGUGAUGCUAGAGCUUCCAUGCCAGACCUUCUGUGUCAUCCAAAAGCAGCAUGAUUUUUCCAGACCCAGACAUUUUUACAUUUGAUACGACGGAGGAAAGUGCAACGGAAUACGUCGCGCACGGCAAAGGGUUGACAAUAUGGAGCAAAAACACCCUGAGCGGGAGAAAGAUUUGCUUCAAGAAGCACACAGGUACUGCACUUUUUAGCACCUCCGUCCGGCUUUGGGGCGAGGAGCGCGGUGGAACUUUUCGCUGCGGGAUCCGAUGUUGACUUGUUCGAGUCGUUUUUCAUUGCACAAUGUCAAGUCCAGUUUAGGUCUGGUACAAGCACCCACACUCGUGCUCGUCCUCCGGCAUGCAUCACUAUUUCUUCCGGCAUGCAUGACUUUUGGCACGACGAGUACUACUUUCAAAUAUUAUCAGGUGACUACGCCGAGAACGAAAUGUCAGGAGACGGAACAAUAGAGUACUACGAUGGGAGCGUGUACAAGGGGGAGCUUGUGCAGGGUACUUUCGAGGGCGAGGGUACCUACACCUGGCCCAACAACAGCUUCUACAAAAUACCACCUGAAAAGAACUUGUUGUUAGCGUCUACCAUAGGAAGAUCGUAGAACAUGUACAAAAAAAGAGCAACGCUCAUGAAAAUAAACUACACAUGAGCAUUUUUGGGCACGAAUGCAGCACAUCGCGCAAUCUUCACGCGCAGGCCCACUUAAUGUUGACACGCUAGCACAAAUUUUCGUUGCGAUACGAGGGCACAUGGAAGAGCAACGAGAUGCACGGCCGUGGCUUAUUCCAAAUCGACUGGAGUGGUACCUAAUCUAAACUGUUGUUUUUUACCUCUCAUUUCGUCGUAUAUGGGAUUUUAGUUUUCAAUACAUGCAGUUCAUGGUCGAACUUUCUCCCUUUUAGGCGAACAUGCAGACGAUAUUUACAUUCCUAAAGAAGAAAAUAACGAUCACAACAGGUAAAUUCCGAGAAGGGCAGUUCCAUCGAAACUGUGUCCAGAAUGUGAAUACGAAAAGAGCAAGCGUCCUGCUAGUUGUAAAGUGGACAUCUUCGUGCAACUAUCAUCCGAAAAAAUCAGUGUUUGUUUACAGACCGCACGUAGUUGCGUAAAUGCAUGACGUACAAAAUCAUGUCGUGGUUCUUGCGACAUCCGUCUACGAGGGGCAACUGCCGAUACCAAUUCCAAUCGGAGAAAAAAAUAAACUGAUAGUGGAAGCACGUAAGAAUUUUUGCGAUUUACAAGACGACUAAAUGAUACGGAAGUGCGGUGGGUGGACAUCCUGGAGGAGAUUAGCCAAAUAGAAAUUCAGGAGUUGAGCAAAACGGCACUGCGCAACGACAUCGCCCGGGACGACGGCCCACCGGUGAUGACCUGCAGCGAUCCGUCAAAGAUGCAGGAGCUGAUGACCAAGAUGAUUGAAGAGCAAAACCUAAUCCCCCUGCUCGUUCCAGACCAAAGUUUUGGGAGCGGUAUGUUGACAACUGGAUUCAAAUUAUGAUUUCCGUUGAUGUAGCAUGUAGUGAAGAUGAUGCACCACCACCAGCUUCAGCUUCAUCACAUGGGGUACUAUGGUAACACAAACACCAUAUCUUCUUCAUUUGCGAAGAAAAUAAAAAUUCCCAAAGGUAACUUUACGCCUCUUGACUGGGUCCACAUGUGCGCCGAGCAGAAUAUGGUUGGGAAAAAACUUCAGAACCUACUUAGCAUGUCAAGUCGUAUGGCAUAAUGUUCUGUGAAGUUCUGGUGCAGAUUUUCAACAGGUGUAGUAAGUUGUAGCAACACACUGUACAGCUGUGAAUCGGUUGCUUUUACUUGUAGGAAAAAAUAGGGUGGUAAGAGUAAGAGUGCUACAACGAUGCAUGCUGAGGCUUGUGCCCGAUGAGGUUCGCGGAGGAGUUUGCGGUGGAUGUCGAAGUCUGCGGCCUACCAAGCGCAGGCGGUCGAACCGGCACCAGUGGAAGGCGAGGAAGAGAAGGAAGAAGGGGAAGAAAACUCGGCCGGACCACCGAUCUGGAAGGACCCGCUCGCGACCCUAGAAAGCAGAAUCGUGCAUGUGGGACAUAUCGCAAAGAUGAAGAGACGUGGGUACGACUACUCCGCUCUGCUCUUUACCGCGCUGCAAACGGCACUACUCGCGGAGGAUAAAAUGUGCCUGGUCUUCGACCAGUACGACGAAGUGAAGUUGCCGAGCGACAAUGACAUACCCCUGCCCUUAGAACGUACAGAUACUUAUAAUAUAGAUACUAAUUUUUCUGACGAACCCGGGGUUGAUGAAUUGAAUGUUUAUGUUGCUUCCACCUGUUGUCGUGUCUGUUUUUGUAAAAUCAAAAAGGUUGAUUGACAACUACGCGACCCGGUGUCACCAGCCAGCUGAUUUCGUUUUUGAAUAUAAUGAAGUUUUGGUCGUCGUUGCGGAUACAAAAUAAACGAAAUAAUCUUCGCACACCAGCACCGCCGACGCAGCUGCAUGAGGGGGACAUGGGGGCGAUGGGAUCCCCGCUCGAUUAUCCUGUGCAAAAGCAUCGUACUAGUAUGAAUUGCAUAUACCAAUUGGGUUUGCAUUACAAAUUGAAUUUGUAAUGCGGAUCUGCCUUAAGAUGAAAAUAAAAAUUUGUAAUGCAUGACUGCAAUCACUACGAGUGCGAUACUUUUGCAAUUCAUAUCGAUGAUGACGAAGCAAUUCCCCCCGCACCGACGCAAACCAUUAUGGCGCGCGCCUUGCAGCUGGAACGAGAGCAGUCCAAGAUCCACAAGGAGAAGCCGGCGCCGAGCGCGUGGAAGCUCCAGGAGUUCUACGACGAGUGCUCCCUGCCCAUCCGGCUGUGGAACCCGAAAAUGUUCCACUACAAGCAAUAUCAAAUGCAAAAGUGUCUGGGUCUGGAAGAUUGCCAGACUUGUCAUGCAUAUUUUGCAUGGCCCCUGAUGGCUGUAGUGCAUGGCCUAGCAUCACAUAUUUCUAGAGGGCUUCCUGUUGCCUAUUCUCCAUGAGAAAUGCAGUCUCCGUGUAGACCAAACUGGACUCCUCUUUCUGGUCAUGCAAUACAGAUUUUUUUCGAGUCCGAAGACAGCAUGACAAGUUGCAAUCUUCCAGACCCAGACAUUUUUACGAUCCAUAAGCAAGGGAAAAUACACGAACUCAUCCUAGACUACGCCGCCAGCCGAAACGGGAAAGUCGGAAAGGUACGUAGAUAGAAGUUGUUUAUUGGAUAAUACUGCAGCGGCUGGUCGACGAUGAUCUUUGCACUCCAGCGAAGUAGGUGUUCAGAGCUGCUUCUAGUGGUUGUAGAGGCUGCUUAUACUCAAUAACAUAAACCUAUGGCAGUGGGAAAAAAAAACUUUUUUUUUUUGCUACAUAUGGAUCACCCAUCGUGGUUAGGAGAUAGCUUGUUGGCGGCGAGAAUCGAUUGCGUAGCGACAGCGUCUGCCACGGUAUUCUGAGCUCGGUAGUCUGAAGGCAAGAAGAUGGCCGCAUUGGUGGCGCACUGCGUCACGGCUUUGGGUCCGUCAUGGCCGGCGUAGAUGUCGAACAGCCAGCCCCUGCAGUGCUGCCGGUUUAAUGACAGCAAUGCGCGGCCAGCCCAAAGCCAGAGGUGCUGCGCGCUGGAGCAAACAAUAGGCCCACGCCCCAACAGGCGAAACAGGCGCCCGCGCGUGGCCUUUGAUUAAUUCAAAGCCAUGCGCGGUCUUGCCGAUGACAUUGAUGCCACGGCCAUGGCGCUCUUCCGGCCCUAGGUCUCCGGUGGCGUUUCUUCGCCCUGGCUGUUUUGCACGGAGGCCAGCAGAGUUCCCUCCUGGGCUGCAAACCGAAAUCCUCUUGGGGUGCCCCCGAGGGGUCCCCCAAACCCCCCCUCCUUUGGGGCCCUUUCCGAAAGCUACUCCCCAUUGAUAUCUCCACGAAAGGGGGUCCCCCAAACCCCCCCCCCUCAAGGGGGGGCCCGGCCCCGCUUUUGUUUCGUUUGCGCAAGUUCGCAUAUUUCCAUAAAAUAGUUCUUGAACAGCCACUAGGCGACUCCGGCCAAAACGGAGACUUGCACAGCCUUGCCGGGAAUAAAUUCAAGGGCGCCGAAGGUGUCAGCCUAUCCUGUAUUUGCCGUGUGGGGCGCUCCCAAAGCUAGGGUGGGCCAUGUCUCGAGGCCGUGCGCGUCUCAGCCUGCCGCCUCUAAGCGAACCAGUGAGAAUGUCGCUGACUUAUCCCGAAGCCCCUGCCCAUACACCAAAGUUCAGAGCUGCUUCUAGUGGUUGUAGAGGCUGCUUAUACUCAAUAGUGUUGGAAGGGGCUGGCUAAAUGCUAGCGUUGCGACCCGACAAGCCUGCGGUGCGCCAUACAGCAAAAUACUGCCCGUGAGGGUAUGAGGUGUGAGUGGAGUGCUUUACUUUUCCGCUGAAUUAUCAGCCCGCCAAAAAUCUUCCCUGUGAUCAUUGAUUCUUGCCGGAGUGAUAAUUCACUGAAUUAUGUGCACUCCACUUCCUGCUUGUCAACGGGAAAUGGAGUGCUAAUGCAUUACGUUGCCACUUCGUGGGUGACUUUUGCCAUGCCGGAGUGAUAACUCAGUGACUUACCGCUCCAUAUUCCCCGUUGCCCAACCACCGACCAUCCACGGGAAAUGAGCGGGCAAUGCCCUGAGUUAUCUGCGUUGCCAGACGCGUUGCCGGAGCCGGACGAGGCCUAUCGGCCAGCGGGAAAGCAGUUAUCUGAAAGAUUGGGCAUCAGAUCCCACUCGCCACUCUUCAUUCGGCCGGCCGGCCGGGUGAGGAGUGGGACGGAUCAGCUAUCCGCAGCUCUGGGCCAAAAGCCGGCUCGAGAAACUCGAGAUCGGUGCGGCGACCUGAAAAAAGCGGAUCCGUCCCACGUUUCACCCACCCGCCCGGGCAGAUGAAAUCCCACUCUUCCGGAUAAUUUGUUACCCCACUCACGAACUAGCUCGCAGAAUUAUCACCCAAGCAAAAGCCACACCGUGAAAGUAGGAUUUUAUUUUCCAAAAGUGGCAACACAACGGAAUGCCGCCACGAAGCUCCACACACUCACACUUUUCGCGGAGUGGCAUUCCAAGUGAUUCGCACUCCUCGGGAGGUCAGAGUGUGGGCGCAUGCAUGCGAGGUGGGAGCGCGGCGGGCCGGGCACAAUACCACCGGCACGCUGCGCGCCAGAGCUCGCGGAAGGCGCUGGCACAGGAAAGGCCGCGCCGCUUCGGCGGCCUUCGCUUUGCCCUCCUGCCCGAAGUCAAAAGGGGCUCAGGCGGCUCUUUCGUUCUCUUUUUGGGCCCCGUUCGCCCUGUUCCCCAUCUGGACCAAUUUCUUGUGUUCAGCCAUAUCUACUAGGGGUCCCGAGUCAUGCAGGGGCUUUAUAUUCCAGCGCAUGGAAGAGGAAAAGAGCAAUGCGUCCUUUACCUCUAUGCGCAACCUGCACUGGUAGCGGCUCCAUCGAGUUCGAUGCUGAGAAGACGAGAGCGAGGGUUUUGCGCCGGGUAGGCUUUUCUUCUGGCACAACCAAAAGCCCCCUAGGAAGCAACAAAGAGGAGACUGCCAACCUCUAGAGGUGCAGAAUCUCCUUUGGGGUCUCCUUUCGACACUUUUAGGUCGUAUAUCGCACAUCGCAAAAAAGGAGACGGCCGACCUCUAGUGGUGCGGAGCCUCCUUGGCCGUCUCCUUUCAAGCAUUUUAGGUCGUGGAUCGCGAGCCAAAGCGCGAACCCCUCUAGAGGUCAGUAACCUCCUCGGUCGUCUCGUCUUGAGAAUAGCACCGCGAACAGCUUCAAAAGACGAAUCCGAAAAAGCCCGACCUUAAAGGUCGAAGCCUCCUCCGUGGUCUCCUUGAUGUCUCCUUUUCGUCAGAAACUAACGCGGAGUGGGCAUUUUAGGAAAAAGGCCAAAAAAGUGCCUACCUCUAGAGGUUUUAGUCUCCUUUUGGUCUCCUUGGAAGACUGUAGCGGCUGUAGUUGGCUCGUGAAAGCCUUUUUUUUUGAGCUCCAUAGGUUUUGGUCUCCUUGCUCCACUAGUUUUGGUCAAGUUGCUGCUAGUCUAUAGUUCUCUAUGGUAGUUCAGAGCUGCUUCUAGUGGUUGUAGGCUGCUUAUACUCAAUAACAUAAACCUACUUAUGUUUAAUACUACUUUACGGUGGUGAAGAAGAUCUUCGAUGGGCACGAGUUGCCAGAUUCGUGGCUGGAGGCAGCAAUAGCUUUGCUGCAUAAGAAUGGACCAAGGGCGGAGCCGCAGAACUAUCGGCCGGUCGCCUUGCUCCAUGUUGGCGAAAAAGUAGUAAGCUUAAUAGUGUUAAACCGGGUGCGGGAAAGCGCCUACAAAAUCAUAGACAAAAGGCAGAAAGGCUCAGUAAGGGGCCUCAGUUGCAGACAUGCGGUCUUUCGCUUGCUUCGGGACAUGGAGCACGCGAUCAAAGCGGGGGAGCAGCGGGUCUGUGAUUUCAUCGACUUCCAGAAGGCCUAUGACUCCUUGGACUGGCAGAAGAUGACCAAGAUUUUGGGGUGGCAGGGGUUUCCUGUGGAGCUGGUGGAAGUCGUGCGGCGAAUGUAUGGCUCCGCCACAUUCGCGUUGAAGGUCGGGCCGGGGAAACUAAGCAAAGCAACCACGCGGCAAAAAGCGGGCAUCAGGCAGGGCUCUAGCCUGAGCCCACUGGUUUUUGUGCUAAUUUUGGACUUUGCAAUGCAGGCCUUCGAGCUUGCAAUGCAUGAAGAAGAGGCUUGGGUAGGAAGCAAGGAUACCCCCAGCUUCCUAUCCUGGUUGGGGUUCGUGGAUGACUUGGUAGUCCGAAGCGACUCGCCGGAAGAAGCACAGGCAGCGCUGCUGCAGCUCCAGGCAGCCUGUAGGUUCGCGGGGCUCGAGUUGAACGCAAAGAAAACCGAGGCCAUGACCAUAGGCCUGCAGCCAACCAAGAAGGACAGCAGCGACGCAAAAAAGGAACGCUUCACCACAGAAGAAGGAACCGCGAACGAACGCAGCGGCUGGGCAGUCGAGUGGGACGGGGUGGACCUUGUGGAGGAAUUUGCAGCUGCGGCCAGAUCCAGGAAGCCCAUCGCGCCGGCGAUGGAGAAGACCACGCAUCUUCUUCUUUGGGACGAUGGGAAAUACAGUAGAUGUUGGAUGAAGAAGACAGGGUGGACAAUCACGGACGCGGGGGAGCGAAUGCGAAUAGUGGUUGUCAGAGCUGCUUCCAGUGGUUGUAGGCUGCUUAUACUCAAUAGCAUAAGCCUACUUAUGUUUAAUACUACUUUUACGCGGUUGCUGUAGCUGCUGACAUACAUUACAAUAUGUCGUGAAUGUGGAAGCGGUACUAGCUUGAAAUUGAAUAUUCAUCGAACAAGAAAAAUAAAUCCCUUCAGAUCGGGAUGCAGGCUGCGAAGCCAGCCGAGGGUGCGGAAGAGGAGGCCGUAGAAGAUCCGGGCACGGUGGUUGGACUCGACAUCAAAGGCGGCGUUGUGGAUGAGAAGACGUUCUACCAUCUGGAAUUCUGUGUCGUCGUGGAGCAGCCCGUGGUUGUGCGUUUCGAGGAAACUCGGGUCAGUGACAUUCGCACACAGCUGGCCGAGCGCUUCUCAGAGCAUCUGCCCUUGCACCGCGUUGGCGUCAUUUGCUGCACAAUGAAAAAGGAAUAAAUUUAAAUUUAUUUUUAUAGCUACUUAGCAGGAGACUUCUAGACACUGAACUUCGCGUUUUGCAGCUGCAGCUGCGCCGUUUACUUUAAGUUGAUGUUGAUAUUAUUGCAGGGGUCGAGUUCAUCAAUUUCGAUAGCCCCCCGAUCUAUCAUCACGAGGACUAAGUAUAAGACGAGCACUUCAAACGAAAAGUAGUUUUAAAUUGAACCGAAUCCGAUAGGGAUGAAUAAAAUCAAAUAUUGUAGUUGAUCUGAGCCCAGGAUUUUGGGUGACGAGUAGGAGUAGCAACUAGCAGAUGACCACGUGUUUUUGUGUAUCAGGGAAGUACAGCGAACAGCAACAGAUUUGAGUUAGCGCUUCCAGGAGGACGACGACAAGCAGGGCAGUAUGACAGCUUUGCAUCACGAAAUGAAAAUAUCUGAGAGUGUGGCGCUUGCCUUCGCAACAGUCGGCUGUGGACCACGACUGAUAGACCAAUCAUUAGUAGGAAAACAUCUUCAAGCCCCGUGUUCAGCUUUAUC